AGAGGCACGUCUGUCAUCAUGUCGAUGCCUUUCCCAUCGCCGUUUAAAUAUUCCCGCAUAUUUUAACCAACUUAACCCCCCAACCCAGAGUCCAGACUGUGUGCCUAACUCUCUCUCUAUCUCUCUCUCUCCACCGCUCAGUUCAUCUCUGAUCGAAUGCUGCCGUACCAGACCAUCUCGGAGGCGGCCUCCGCCCUCGGCAGGAACCUCACCUUCGCCGAGACCCUCUGGUUCAACUACUCCGCCUCCAAGUCCGACUACAUCCUCUACUGCCACAACAUUCUCUUCCUCUUCCUCAUCUUCUCCGUCGUCCCUCUCCCCCUCGUCUUCGUCGAGGUCCUCCGAUGGGCCGGGUUCGACCGCCACAAGAUCCAGCCCAAGGUCCGAUUGACCCUCCAUGACAUGCUCAAGUGCUACAAGGACGUCAUGUGGAUGUUCUUCUCCAUCGUCGGCCCUCUCCAGCUCGUCUCUUACCCUUCUAUUCAGCUUAUAGGGAUUCGAACAGGAUUGCCAUUGCCUUCUGGGUGGGAGAUGGUUUCCCAAUUGUUAGUUUAUUUCUUGGUUGAAGAUUACACCAACUACUGGAUCCACAGAUUUCUGCAUAACAAAUGGGGGUAUGAAAAGAUCCAUCGUGUUCAUCACGAAUACACUGCUCCGAUUGGAUUUGCGGCGCCAUAUGCGCACUGGGCUGAGAUUUUGAUUCUCGGGAUCCCAUCUUUUCUCGGGCCAGCCAUAGCGCCUGGCCACAUGAUCACAUUCUGGUCGUGGAUAGCAUUGAGGCAGGUUGAGGCCAUUGAAACACACAGCGGGUAUGACUUCCCCUGGACUCCCACAAAAUAUAUUCCAUUUUAUGGUGGUGCUGAGUAUCAUGAUUACCAUCAUUAUGUUGGAGGACUAAGCCAGAGCAAUUUUGCUUCAGUUUUCACCUACUGCGAUUACAUUUAUGGGACUGACAAGGGAUAUCGUUACCAGAAGAAGAUCCUUAAAAAGUUGAAAGAGGAUACUAAUGGUGUGCAAAAUGGAGGGUCGUACAACACCUCAACUGUAGACCUUAAAACUGAUUAGCUUCGAGACUGCGUAGCUCUGUAUUUCAGAAAUGCCCUUUCAGUAUAGCUCUCAGUGGUGACAACUCUCGGAAACCUCUGAUUUCAAUUUGACAUCAAUGUGGUAGGGUGGUAAAUAGAAGUGUAGUGGCUCAGGUGCAGAUUAACUGUGGGGUUUUCAGAGUUCGUGAUUUUGAGUAGCCUGGAGGCGGUUAAAAAAAAUCAGUAGAUUGUAAGGUUCAGAGUUCAGCUUGUGUUUCUGACAUAAUGUUCAAAACUAUAAUUGGAUGAACUCGUUCGUUGUUUGUGAUUUUGGAAUUUAAAUGUUAAAAUGUUCUUUAGCUUGA